AUGGACUCGACCCCUCAUAAUCCUACAACUGAAUCCGAAUGGCACUGGCUUUACAAUCCAAUAUCCUCGGCCAUUGAUGUUGAUCAGCGACAUCCUGAGGGUACUCUCGACCUGUUCUUAUCUCGACCACUCUAUGCACCACUACUCUUCUCCAAUGUCUCGUCAGAUGCUCGAGAUCAUUGCGCAAAUGAGCGCACAUUCCUAUCGUGGCUUCGACUGGCGGUUUACAUGGCCAUAGUCUCGGUGGCCAUCUUCAUCAAUUUUCAUCUCAAGCAUCAACCGUCGCCGCUUGAAGAGCACAUGUCCCACCCACUAGGGAUUAUUUUCUGGCUGCUCUCUCUUGCUUGUCUGGCCAGUGGAAUGGCAAACUACAUGAAGACAGUGACCAAGUAUGCCGGUCGACGUGCUCUGGUCCAGUCGGGGAUCAAAACCCAGGUCAUCUUUGGGGUGGUGGCCACCUCUAUUGUUGCAGCGUGUGCAUUGUUCUUGGGAGCAGAGGCACAGGCGGCUCGAAUAAGACCGAUGAUGAGGUCCUAG